AUGUCGAACGAAAAGGAGCCAGAUGUCUCGAACGACGUCGAAAUGGUUGAUGCUGAACCGUCGUCAGCAGUCAAACGCAAGAGAUCCGCAAAGGCGUCAUCAAAUGUCACACAAUUCACCAUUCGCAACCCACCAUGGUCAUACCUCCAGCUCUCUCUCAUCACGAACUCGCCGAACUACCAACUGGAUGCUUUGACUGCACACCUACGCCUUCGUGCUGCUCUGUCCCAAUUUCUGGGCUUGCAUGGCACUGCUAUACCCAUCGACAUCCUUAAAUUGCAUGACAACGACGUGUAUAUCCGCGUGCCUAGCGAAGAUGCCAGUGCCCUGGUCGUAGCUGUCGGUGGCUGGGUUGGCAAAGCUGGCGAAGGCUGGCGUGUCAAGCACUCUUCUUCUUGGAGCGUGGGUCUACACUCGAGCGCGGGCACUGAUUUGUUCAAAUGA